GUAGUAGCUGAUUACAUACAGGUGAGUCGUGCUGGUAAGAUGAAGGCCAUGCAGGUGAUUUCCUUGACUCUGCUGUCUGUUCUAGCAGCCAGCGCUCAGAUCUUGAAGUUCGGCAAAUGUCCCAAGCCUGCUGUUCAGGCUAACUUUGAUGCAACCAGGUACAUUGGUAAGUGGUAUGAGAUCCAGAAGCUCCCAACAACCUUCCAGAAAGGUGAGUGCGGCACUGCCACCUACAGCCCGAAGAGUCCUGGAGUCAUCGGGGUCCUCAACAGGGAGCUGCUGGACGAUGGAACCACUAAUUCUAUCGUCGGCUCUGCCAAGGCUAAGAACCCUGCUGAGCCUGCCAAGCUGGAGGUCUCCUUCUUUGAAACAUCUCCCCCUGGUCCCUACUGGGUGCUCUCCACUGAUUAUGAGGGUCACUCUCUGGUCUACGGCUGCACUGACUUCGGCCUGUUCCGCAUGGAGCUGUCCUGGAUCCUGAGCAGGGAGCCCACCCUGUCUGAGGAGACCAUCGAGGAGCUGCACGGCAUCCUGUCCUCCAUCGGCGUCAAUGUGGACAAGAUGGUCCCCACCAACCAGGAUGCAGAUUACUGCAGCGCCAUGACCCAGUAA